AUGAACCUGGAGAAGGAACCUGAAGGAACCUGGAGAAGGAACCAGGAGGAGGAACCAGGGGAAGGAACCUGGAGGAGGAACCUGGAAGAGAAACCUGGAGGAGGAACCUGGAGGAGGAACCAGAAAGACAAACAUGGAGAAGGAACCUGGAGGAACCUGGAGAAGGAACCUGGAGGCACCUGCAGUCCCUCCCGGGUUCAUUACUCCGGAUUCUCUCGUCCCAUGAGCUGUAACUGGAGAAGAUUUUGUGAUCUCAUGAUUCCAGACUGGAACAGGACGUGGUACACCUCCAGCCCGGACCUGACGCUCUGUUUCCAGAACACUCUUCUGAUCUGGAUUCCUUCUCUCUACCUGUUGGUCUGCGGUAAUUUUUACCUGGUUUACCUCCGGUCACUUCGGUGUGGGUGCAUCAGGGUCUCCGUUCUCUACUGGGCCAAAACGGUUCUGGGCGUGUCUCUGGCCUGUUUCGGGGUGCUGGAGUUGUUCCAUUUCCUCGUGUACAGGAGCGUAGAGAUCAUUCAUCAUGUGGUUUUCCUCCUGAACCCGGUCGUCCGAAUCCUCAGCAUGGUGUUGGUGAUGUACAUCAUCCACCUGGAGAGAGUGAAGGGACGGCGCUCCUCGCUCUUCCUCUUCCUCUUCUGGAUGUUGGCGGUGAUCUGCUCCCUCGUUCCUCUCCGCAGGAACGUCCAGAACAUCGUAAAUCAGGAUUUCUCCGGAGGUGUGAUGACAUUGGUGGUUUUUUUCAUCCGUUUCUCUCUUCAGCUCGCUCAGCUGAUCCUCUGCUGCUUCGCCGAUCAGCGGCCACACCCGCCACGCCCUGCCCACCAGGAGGAGAACCCGUGUCCUGUGGAACGCGCUUCUUUCUUGUCUAAAGCUCUGUUCUGGUGGUUUGUUGGGCUGGUAUGGAGGGGAUAUCACUCACCCCUGACUGCUGAAGAUCUCUGGUCUCUGAGGGAAGAAGACACGUCCCAGAAGAUCAUGAGUGAUCUGGAGAGAGAGUGGAUCACACAGAGAGCGGCGCUGCAGCAGGAGAGGAGCGUGGAUGGAACCCGAGCUCCGAGCUUCAGGAUCACGCAGCCGACGCCCAUCUUCCAGAAACUGCGCCAGGAACAGGGCGGCGGUUUCCUCCUGCUGCGCGUGCUGGUGAGAACAUUCGGCUCUCACUUCCUGGCGGGAACGUUGUGCCUGAUCGUCCACGACGUGGUCAUGUUCUCCAUCCCUCAGGUGCUCAGGCUCCUGCUGGGCGUGGUGGGAGGCGCGGACGUUCCCCGGUGGAGGGGGUAUUUAUUUGCCGUGGUUUUGUUCUUGCUUUCGUGCCUGCAGUCGCUCUUCAACCAUCAGUACAUGUACAGCUGCUUCACGGUGGGCAUGAGGGUCAAAACCGGCAUCAUGGGUCUGGUCUACAGGAAGUCUCUGGUGAUUAGUAGCGACGCCCGCAGGACAUGUACGGUGGGUGAGAUGGUGAACCUGGCAUCUACCGACACUCAGAAGCUCAUGGACUUUGUGGUUUACUUUAACGCUGUCUGGUUGGCGCCUGUUGAAAUCGGCCUGUGCUUUUUCUUCCUCUGGCAGCAUUUGGGCGCGUCGGCUCUGGCGGGAUUGGCGACCGUUAUUUUCAUCUUCCCUCUGAACGGCCUCAUCGCCAAGAUUCGCAACAAACUCCAGGAGGUCCAGAUGAAGAACAUGGAUGGACGGAUAAAGCUGAUGAACGAGAUCCUGAACGGAAUAAAGAUCCUGAAGUUCUACGCCUGGGAGAAAGCCUUCGAGAGGAAGAUCCUGAACUUCAGGGAGAAGGAGCUGGCUGCCAUGAAGACGUCUCAGAUACUUUAUUCUGUCUCCAUCGCCUCCUUCAACUCCUCCACCUUCCUGGUGGCGUUCACCAUGUUCAGCGUUUACGUGUCCAUUCAUGAGGAAAACGUUCUGGAUGCUGAGAAGAUCUUCGUUUCCAUGGCGCUCAUCAACAUCCUAAAAACGCCCCUGAGUCAACUUCCCUUCUCCAUCAGCACCAUCACGCAGGCCAUCGUGUCUCUCAGACGUCUGGAAAAGUUUCUGUGUCAGGACGAGCUGAGAGAGGACGCCGUGAUCAAAGCUCCUCACAGUCCAGACGCUGACAGUAUCGUGAUAGAGAACGGCUCGUUCAGCUGGAGCAGAGACGGAGCGCCGUGUUUAAAGAGAGUGAACGUGAGAGUUCCUCCCGGCCUGUUGGUGGCGGUGGUGGGUCCCGUCGGCAGCGGAAAGUCAUCGCUGCUCUCUGCCGUGCUGGGAGAGAUGGAGAAGAAGAGCGGAAACGUCACAGUGAGGGGUUCGGUGGCGUACGUUCCCCAGCAGGCGUGGAUCCAGAACGCCACACUGAGGGAGAACAUCGUGUUUGAACAGCAGAAGAACGAGAGCAGCUACCAGAAGGUUCUGGAGGCCUGCGCUCUCCUUCCAGACCUGGAGAUUCUGCCCGGAGGAGACGACACUGAGAUCGGGGAGAAGGGUCUGAACCUGUCCGGUGGGCAGAAGCACCGGGUGAGUUUAGCUCGAGCCGUGUACAGAAAUGCCGACGUUUACCUGCUGGACGACCCGCUGUCCGGCGUCGACACACACGUGGGGCAGCACGUCUUCCACAGCGUCCUCGGUCCUGCAGGAGUUCUCAGGAACAAGACGCGCGUGUUGGUGACGCACGGACUCGGCCUCCUCCCUCACACCGACCUGAUCCUGGUGAUGAAGGACGGACGCAUCACGGAGACGGGGUCUUACAGCGAGCUGCUCACGAGGAGGAACUCCUUCUCCCACCUCCUGAAGACCUUCAGCAACCAGGAGCGCAGGGAGAGAAACAGAGGUACGAGGAUGUCGGCGUCCUGCCUCGGCCUGAACGAUUUCUCCAUCGACCUGUCACAGGAGCAGCUCAUCCGUGGUGACGUGGGCGGCGCCGGGGUCCAGACCGUGGAGGCGGUACCGGACUCAGAACAGGAGCAGGACACUGAGGAACUGUCCAAACUCACCAGGGCUGAUAGAGCUCAUACAGGCCGGGUGAAGCCGGAGGUGUACAUGGAGUAUCUGAGGACCGUCAGCCUGGCCUACGUCGUCCCCAUCGUGGUCCUGUACGCGGUCCAGCAGGCUGCGUCUUUCGGAUACAAUUACUGGCUGCGGCUUUGGGCCGACGCCCACGAGACUGACGGAUCUCGGAGCGACUCCGACGUGACACUCGCCGUGUUCGGAGCGCUCGGCUUCACUCAAGGUUUUACCAUCUUCUGCACCACGGUAGCCAUUUCACUGGGCGGCGUCAUGGCGUCCCGUCAGCUCCACCUGGACCUUCUGCGUAACGUCCUGCGCUCGCACGCGUCUUUCUUCGAGAGCACGCCGAGCGGGAACAUGCUGAACCGCUUCUCCAGGGAGAUGGACGCAAUCGACUGCAUGAUCCCCGACGCCGUCAAGACGACGCUGGGAUACGCCUUCAAACUGCUCGAGGUCUGUGUCGUGGUGCUCGUGGCCACGCCCUUCGCCGGACUCGUCAUCCUUCCCCUGGCGUUCUUCUACACCUUCAUCCAGAGGAUCUACGUGGCCACGUCGUGCCAGCUGCGGCGUCUGGAGGCGGUGAGCCGCUCACCCAUCUACACGCACCUGAACGAGACGGUGCAGGGCGCCAGCGUGAUCCGCUCCUUCGGUGAGCAGACGCGGUUCGUUCUGCAGGCCGACGGCAGAGUGGAUCACAACCAGACGUCCUACUUCCCCAGAUUCGUGGCUACAAGAUGGCUGGCAGUAAAUCUGGAGGUUUUGGGGAAUCUGUUGGUCCUUACUGCUGCCGUCCUCUCCGUAAUGAGAAAAGAAAGUUUAAGCCCUGGACUCGUUGGCCUGGCCGUGUCUCACUCUCUACAGGUGACGGGAAUCCUGAGCUGGAUGGUUCGAGCCUGGACGGACGUGGAGAACAACAUCGUAUCAGUGGAGAGAGUGAAGGAGUACACGGACACGCCCAAAGAGGCAGCGUGGGUAAAACAGAACACACGGCUGAGCUCAGACUGGCCGCGAACCGGCACCAUCCAGUUCCACCAGUACGGAAUGCAGUACCGCCGGGGUCUGGACUGGGCUCUAAAGAACAUCACGUUCAGUAUCGGAGACAGAGAGAAGAUUGGGAUCGUGGGACGGACCGGAGCGGGAAAGUCGUCCCUCACGCUGGGAAUCUUCCGCAUUCUGGAGGCGGUGAGGGGACGAAUCUACAUCGACGGGGUGAACAUCGCCGAGCUCGGCCUGCACGAACUGAGGUCACGCAUCACCAUCAUCCCUCAGGACCCGGUGCUCUUCUCAGGCUCUCUGAGGAUGAACCUGGACCCGUUUGAUGGUUACUCUGACGAGGAGGUGUGGAGAGCUCUGGAACUGGCUCAUCUCAAAAGCUUCGUGUCUGGUCUUCAGGAGAAACUGAACCACGAGUGUUCAGAAGGAGGAGAGAACCUCAGUCUGGGUCAGAGGCAGCUGGUGUGUUUAGCUCGAGCUCUGUUGAGAAAGACGAAGAUUCUGGUUCUGGAUGAAGCCACGGCUGCUGUUGACUUGGAAACGGACGAGCUGAUCCAAUCCACCAUCCGCACUCAGUUCUCCCAGUGUACAGUACUGACCAUCGCCCACCGCCUCAACACCAUCAUGGAUUAUACCAGAGUGAUGGUAAUGGAUGGUGGUUCCAUCACAGAGAUGGACACGCCCACCAACCUCCUCUCACAGCGAGGAUCGUUCUACAGCAUGUGUAGAGAGGCAGGACUGGUCUGAACCACCACCAGCACCAUCAUCAUCAUCAUCAUCAUCAUCAUCAUCAUCACCACCACCACCACCACCACCACCACCACCACCACCACCACCACCACCACCACCACCACCACCACCACAUCAUCAUCAUCAUCAUCAUCAUCAUCAUCAUCAUCAUCAUCAUCAUCAUCAUCAUCAUCAUCAUCAUCAUCAUCAUCAUCAUCAUCAUCAUCAUCAUCAUCAUCUUCAGUGUGGUAAACUCGGAACAAACCAGCAAGGAUGAAAAAUGCUCCAGCGCUGAAGCACCGAGACCGACGGCAGCGUUCAGCUACACACUGAGCUAGCGAGCGCUUCAUUAUCUCAUGGUCAAGAAGGGUCACCGGUACUGUACCACAGGGGUACCGUGCAGUGGAAAAAAGGCGACACACAACACACCUCACAGCUCCACGUUCACAUUUCUGCACCAGACGUGACGUUUAAGGUGAACGGAACGUGCAGAGCUUCUGAAAUGAAGCCGUUCUCGCUCUGUACUAAAGGCCAGUAGAGACAUUUAGAAGGACGUAACGAUGCUCCUCACGAUGCCGAGGAUUUAACGAAGGAGCCGAACUGAGGGGUCAGAAUCACGGUGCCACAAUAAACCUUCUCUGUUCUGUCCUACUGAAAUCUGUCCUUCCCCUCCUCUCACUGUUCCACACGACUGAUCCCCUGCACAUGAAGAAAAGUUCGGAUUAAAGGAACUCGAAAAACUAAACAGGCACAAAUUCCCACAGACGUACUUUAAAGUCUUGUGAGAAGCUUCUCAGAAGUUCUAGCCUAGUGUUUGUUUUUUUAACCCAAACCUUUCCGACGGUGCGUCAGGAUCAGAGCGUUCCUGAUGGAAGUCCACCAAACAGAAUCUCCUGUCCGUCCAGAUCUAGUCAUAUCCGAGUCCCGGAUUUGAACCCGGAUCUCUGUGUCCUCUCUCUUAUGUUUUUGUGUCCUGUCCUGCCUCCUAAUGCACUAAUCCUCCAAUCAUCUUCCUUCCUUCUCUCGCCGUGUCUUAUCCCGUCUGCAGGAACCGAACCCAACAGCACGAGGUUCUAUAGGGACACACCACCUACAAUCAUCUAUACAUUUAUAUAUGUCAUGUAAUGAAACAUAAUCACAAUACAGUGUGUGUGUGUGUGUGUGUGUGUGUGUGUGUGUGUAAGGGGGGGUCCUGCUAUUCUUAAACAUUUCUGCCAGAUUGUGUGUUUAUAAUGUUUACAUCUGUAUAUUUGGGGGUGGGUGGUA